UCUUCACGUGUGUUUCCAAACCUCUCCGGUGUUUUCAUCUCACGGAGCGACUGCUUUCUUCGAUUAAAUAGCGGCGUUUUGCUCAACAACACAGUUCGUAGAGCUCUCGGGUCUGUAGAAGUGAACACGAUGGCGCAGAGGAAGAAGAAACUGAUGAAGAGGAAGAAGAGCUCGACACGCAGAGAUCACGAGCUCCAGUCUGACGAUGAAGAGUUUGAAGUUGCUGCAGCAAUCAAAGAUGACCAGGACACAUCCAGCAGAAGACUUCCUCGAUUCCCUGCCUCGUCCGAGUGUGUUUCUGACGUGGAGCUCGACACCAGAGAGCUCAUCAGAGCCCAGAACAAGAAGAAGAAGAAGUCUGGAGGCUUUCAGUCCAUGGGUCUCAGUUAUCCAGUGUAUAAAGGCAUCAUGAAGAAGGGCUAUAAAGUUCCUGCACCCAUCCAGAGGAAGACUAUCCCGGUGAUUCUGGAUGGGAAGGAUGUGGUGGCCAUGGCCCGGACGGGCAGCGGGAAGACAGCCGCCUGCCUCAUCCCCAUGUUUGAGAAGCUGAAGGCUCUGCAGGCGCAGACAGGGGCCCGGGCUCUGGUCCUCACGCCCACCCGAGAGCUCGCCCUGCAGACCAUGAAGUUCACCAAAGAGCUGGGGAAGUUCACCGGCCUGAAAACGGCACUCAUUCUCGGUGGAGACAGCAUGGACGACCAGUUCAAGUCAAACUCUGCUCUUCAUGAGAAUCCAGACAUCAUCAUUGGUACUCCUGGCCGUCUGAUGCACGUCAUCAAGGAGAUGAACCUGAAGCUGCAGGCUGUGGAGUACGUGGUGUUCGAUGAAGCCGACAGGCUGUUUGAAAUGGGUUUUGCAGAGCAGCUUCAGGAAAUCAUCAGACGUCUUCCAGACGCUCGGCAGACGCUGCUGUUCUCUGCCACACUGCCCAAAAUGAUUGUGGAUUUCGCCAGAGCUGGCCUCACAGAGCCGGUUCUCAUUCGUCUGGAUGUGGACAUGAAAUUGAGUGACCAGCUGAAGCUUUCAUUUUUCCAUUUGCGAUUGGAUGAUAAACCAGCCCUUCUGCUGCAUCUGCUGAGAAAUGUGGUGAAGCCGCAAGAACAGACGGUGGUGUUUGUUGCCACCAAACAUCAUGUGGAGCAUCUCAAAGAGCUCUUGAUGGUCGAGGGCUUUGAGUGCGCCUACAUCUACAGCGCUCUGGACCAGACGGCCCGCAAGAUCAACAUCGGCCACUUCGUCCACCGCAAGGCCAUGGUGCUGCUGGUCACAGAUGUGGCGGCCCGUGGCAUUGACAUCCCGCUCCUGGACAACGUCAUCAACUUCAACUUCCCAUCGAAGGCCAAACUCUUCCUGCACAGAGUCGGUCGUGUGGCGCGCGCUGGCAGAAAAGGAACCACCUUCAGUCUGAUGUGUACAGAUGAAGUGCCUUACCUCUAUGACCUUCAUCUGUUCUUGGGUCGACCAAUUCAGCUCGCCCUCCCCGAACACACACAAGAUUCUGAUGACGUAUUCGGCCGAGUUCCUCAGAGCAUCCUGGACGAUGAAGAGUCUCAGCUGCUGACGGCUCAUGAGAACUCGCUGGAUCUCCAGAAUCUCCGGCGCAUCUCAGAGAACGCAUACAAGCAGUACCUGAAGUCUCGGCCGAACCCCUCGCCCGAAUCCAUCAAACGCGUCAAGAAUACCGACCUCUCCUCGAUAGCUGUUCACCCUCUGCUGGGUUCUGGACUGGAGCCGAUGGAACUGGACCGGCUGCUGAUGGUGGACACCACCAAGGGCUACAAGGCUAAAUCUAUUAUUUUUGAAAUCAACUACAACAACAAAAUGAACGCCAGCGAGGUGAUGCGUGCAAAGCGCUCACAAGACGAUCACUUGGUCGACAAGUUUUCUAAAGUGCGAGCGGAGCGAGACGUUGUGGUAGAGGUGGAAACUACUGUGUUCUCAGAGGUGGUUGGAGGGAAAAGACAAAAGCAAUAUAAUGAAGCAGACAGACUGAAGAACAGAAAAUCAGGAAAAGAUGAGGAGUUUUACAUCCCAUACAGACCCAAAGACUUCAACUCAGAGCGCGGGCUCAGUCUCGGCGGUGACGACGGAUCUUUUGAGCAGCAGGCCUCUUCUGCGGUUCUGGACCUGAUGGGAGACGAGAGCAACACUUUAAACCAGCACAAGAACCUGAUGAAAUGGGAUAGCAAGAGGAAACGCUUCGUCCGUGACAUGGGCAAAGAGGAUAAAAACAAGAAAAUCAAAACAGAAAGUGGACAGGUGAUCAGUGGCAAAAAGAAGAAGAAGAGCUUUUAUGAAGAAUGGAAGAAGAAGUAUAAGAUCGAUGACAGAGCGUCAGACUCAGAUGGAGAAACUGGAGGAGCAAUCAGAGGGAGGAGCUUUGGCGGUCAUAGAGGCAGAGGACGAGGAGGAGCUCAGUCGCAGCCGGCCCAGCAGCAGAGCGGCUCACGUGUGCUAUCCGAGCUGAAAAACCGCGAGCAGAUUCUCAAGCAGCGCAAACAGAAAGCCAAACAGCAGUUUCUGCAGAGUGGCGGCAUGAAGAAGCUCCAUGCCAAAGGAAGACGGCGCCUGCAGGAAGUGAUGAAAUCUGGCUUUGGUCGUGGCAGCAACAAGAAAGGAAAGAUGAGGAAGAAACUUUAAGAGCCAAAUGAGGAGUCAUUACAAACUAUCCCACCUCCCCAACACAGGCUUUCGACUUGUGGUGCGGAAAACAGGAUGGACCACAUUUUAUGUAUAUGUACAUAUUAUAUACAAGAUGUGUGCUUGCAUGUGUCUAGAAUAUGGAUAGAAUGAGUGAAGAGACUUUAACUCUUUUACUGAAACAUUGACAUAUUUCUGACAUUCUCUUUAGUUGAUUUAAAGGGAUAUUUCGGGUUCACCUGAAACUCUAUUGACAGCAGUUGUGGAACUUGUGGCUGAAUGCCCAUUACCACAGAAAAUAAUUUUGCCAUUUAAAAAAACAAUUUAUUUAAUAACUGCAAAAACCAUGACAGUUACAGUAGGACACUUACAAUGCAUGUAAAUGGGCCAGGCAAUGCUUGGUGUCAGCCACAUAACUUUUCAUACCUGUUCACAUUAGACUGUUGUGAUAAAAAUUACCUUACCUUAUUACCUUGUCUGUUUAAAGUU